AGCAAGGGACAGAGCAUCAUUCGAGCAGAGCUCACAUCACAAGCAAGAAACAGAGCAAACAAAGCUUAGGUGCGCUUGUCAUAGAUUCCAUCGCAUAGCUUCAUACUCCGUAUAUUGCACCACCGCUUCAUAGCUGUCGAUCGAAGCACAUCCGCAACCGGUCGAGACAAGAUGGCCACGAAGGAGCCGAUCCCGCUGCUGACGCCCCACAAGAUGGGCCAGUUCGAGCUCUCCCACCGGGUGGUGCUCGCGCCGCUCACGCGCUGCCGCUCCUACGCCAACGUGCCGCAGCCGCACGCGGCGUUGCACUACUCGCAGCGGGCGACAAAGGGCGGCCUGCUCAUCGCCGAGGCCACCGGCGUCUCCGCCACCGCCCAGGGGUUUCCUGAUACCCCUGGCAUCUGGACGCAGCAGCAGGUCAAAGCUUGGAAACCCAUCGUUGAUGCCGUCCACUCCAAGGGCGCUCUGUUCUUCUGCCAGAUUUGGCACGCCGGAAGGGUCUCCUCAAACGAGUUCCAGCCGGAUGGGCAUGCGCCGAUCUCCAACACCGACAAGCAGAUACCGCCUGAUGCUGAGUCCGGCAUGGUCUACUCCAAGCCUCGACGGCUUCAUACAGACGAGGUACCGUUGAUCGUAGACGAUUUCAGACGGGCCGCUCGGAAUGUCAUUGAGGCGGGAUUCGAUGGUGUCGAGAUCCACGGAGCACAUGGGUUUCUCUUGGAGCAGUUCAUGAAAGAUAGCUCAAACGACCGUACUGACAGGUAUGGUGGCAGCCUUGAGAACCGAUGCCGCUUUGCCGUGGAGGUGAUUGAUGCUAUCGUCCAUGAGAUUGGCGCGGAUCGUGUCGGAAUCAGGUUGUCUCCGUUCACCGACUACAUGGAUUGCUUCGAUUCUAAUCCACAUGUGCUCGGUACCUACAUGGUACAACAACUCAAUAAGCACAAAGAGUUUCUUUAUUGCCACAUGGUAGAGCCUCACACGACCAUUGUGGAUGGUCGCAUGCAGAUAUCCCAUGGGCUAUUGCCCUUUAGGAAAGCAUUUAAUGGCACUUUUAUUGCCGCGGGAGGGUAUGAUCGAGAGGAAGGCAACAAAGUGGUGAUUGAUGGUUAUACUGAUCUCGUUGCCUAUGGGAGGCUAUUUCUUGCUAAUCCGGAUUUGCCUAAGAGAUUCGAGCUAGAUGUCCCCUUGAACAAGUAUGACCGGUCCACCUUCUACACGCAGGAUCCUGUCAUUGGUUACACAGAUUAUCCUUUCCUUGAUGACUCAAAUACAGAGUAGUUCAUUCACCCAACUUCAAUUACUUAUGUGGUUCACUUAUGUAGUAUGCAAUGAUUUAUUCAAUAUGUGAGUUCACACAUGUGCAUUGUAUAAUUUUCACAAAUAAUUUAUUUUUGUUUUCCACUGUAAUGCCAAAAUAUAGGGAUAUUCAUCUUGUGACAAAUUUUCGUACGCAUUUGUUUUUAUUUUAGUACAAGGGUGGAUUCAAAUUUUUCUUCAUUUUGAAAAUAAACCCGAGAGGUAUGCGGUUGUAGCAUGUAAUGGUUUCACUCACUCAUUCAAAUUGUUCUCAUUAUUUAGGUUCUUGAAGUGGUGGCUUUGGAUAAACUCAUCCAUAUUCAUUGGGAUUGAUCACUGACGGUAGGUAGAGGAAGGAGGGGCCUUGGGCUUGGCCACCGAUGGCUGGAUAAGUCACAUUAGGAGGCGCAACACGACCUGGGUGCAAGCAUAUUGAAGGAGAAGGAGAAACCGGACCGGUCCUCCUUCAAAUCAAAGUUCCAAUUUCUCUCUUAUAAACGCAACAUCAUUCACAACAGUUAAGAUGAUGUCAUUUUAGCUAUCCCAUGCAGGCAUUGCCGGAUGUUCGCAACCAGUACUGACGUGUCCGCUUGCCUUUUACGAUAGCGCAGUCCACUCUGGAGCCGUUUGUACCCAGAGUACAAAGGAUGGCGGGGCACUCGACCAUUGAUGAUGAGUUGUUGUGUGAUGCGUGGUUAGCCGUAUCCGUGGAUUUCGUAGGCAGGAGCAGAGGGAGGACUUUCUGGCAGCAAGUGCACAAAUCAUUUCACGAACAAAAGCACAUUGCGCCCUACGACAUGCACAUCAUCCAUGAUCGUAAUGUGAGGUCGUUAUCAUAUCGAUGGUACACCAUCCGGCCCAUGAUCACCAAGUUUUGUCACAUAGUUGCUCAGCUGGAGGCAAGGUGGCCAUUGCACGCGGCAAAGGAGGAGAUCGCAAGCUUGACUUCUUCUUCCUCCUCUACUUGUUGAUUGAAUCAUUCAUGCACUCAAUGUUGCUCUACACAUUGUGUAGCCCGUACGCGCUAACGUGAUGUAUCACAGGAUAGAGGGACGAUCAUUUACGUACACACAUUGUUAGAUGAAUAUGAAGGGGCAGUAUGUGUCGGAUGACAUGACCCAUCAAAAAACUUGUUGGGCAUCGAAUUUGGGACACUGGACUUA